AUGUGUGACGAUUUAACAUUGCUCCUUUCACAAAGUUCAAUGAAAUCAAAGAAAUCCGAGCAAAUGGUGGUUCCACAAAAGACUGAAAUUACAGAAAUUGAUUUGACCAACAUUUUGGCCAAUCGUUAUUAUCAAAAUGAAAUUUACACAUGUGUUGGUCCUGCCAUUCUCUCAAUCAAUCCAUAUAAGGCUGUAAAGGGUCUAUACAGUAAUGAAACAAAGGCUCUCUUCCACUCUCACAUUCCAUACGAGUUGGCUCCUCAUAUUUAUUCACUUGCUGAGGAUGCUUAUCGUACAUUGUUGGAACAUGCCACUGCUAACAAGCCAACCUCCACUCAUGUCACAAGAGCUAGACCUGCCAUUACUGCUGUGUCAUCUUCUUCUGCUCACUCUAAAAAGAUGCCACCUCCUCCACCUCCUGGUAAACCAAUCAAUAAGGAAGCUGAUUUGGAUGAUGAUACAUUCAUUAUUAAUGAUUUCAGUAUUUCAGAUGGUAUUGGUGUUGGACAAGCAAUUAUUAUUCAAGGUGAAUCUGGUUCUGGUAAGACACUAGCCAGCAGAAUUAUCAUGGAAUACUUGGCUGCUGUUUCAAUUUCUGGAUUGGAAACUCAAAGAAUCAAGGAUUCAAUUCUUCAAAGUAAUCCACUCUUGGAAAGUUUUGGUAAUGCCAAGACUCUUCGUAACAACAACUCUUCUCGUUUCGGUAAAUUUACCAACUUGUAUUUUAACUUUAAGGGCCAACUCAUGGGAGGUGAGCUCACAACCAUUCUCCUCGAAAAGGCCAGAGUUGUCAAGAGAAGACUUGGAGAACGUAAUUUCCAUAUCUUUUACCAAUUGUUAUCUGAUGAUUAUAUUAGAAAACAACUCAAUCUUGGUUUCCCAGAAGAGUACAAUUACCUCAACAAUAAUGUUAUCAAUAUUAACGAAGUUGAUGACAAGUCAGAAUUUGAAACAACCAAACGUGCCAUGGAUUUAUUGGACAUGAGUGUUCCAGAACAAAUGGCUGUUUUCAAGAUUGUUGCUGCCAUUUUGCAAUUGGGUAAUAUUACCUUCACAGCCAUUGAAGAUCCUGAGGAGAGAAAGAGAAGAAACAUCGCUCCUGGUGUUGAAGCUUGUGAUGUUUCUAAUGAAGCUUCAUUGAAAUUGGUUGCCAACACUCUCCAAAUUGAUGCUGAAUUCUUGAGAAGAUCAAUGAUUAUCAGAGUUAUCAAGACUGUUGGUUCUCCAAUGCCAAUUGAACAAACUCAAUCAGUGGAACAAGCUGAAUUCAACAGAGAUACUCUCGCCAAGAAUAUCUAUGAACGUUUGUUCUUGUGGUUGGUCAAGAGAGUCAACAGAGCAUUGAGAGUUCCUGACUAUGAAGAUUUUGUUGCCAAGAAGAAUUCUGAAACUUACUACAAUAUUGGUAUCUUGGAUAUUUAUGGUUUUGAAAUCUAUGACAAGAAUAUUGGAACAGGAAAGAUUGUUGAUCAAGAUGAAGCAUCCAAUCAAGGCAAACUCAAGAACGGCUUUGAACAAUUGUGUAUCAACUUUGUCAAUGAAAAGAUUCAAAGUGGUGUUCAAAGAUCCAUCAAGAAGGAACAAGAAGACAUUCAAAAGGAAAUUUAUGGAGAUGACUUUAAGCCAACUCUUGCCUCUACUCAAGAGAGAAACAAGAGAUUCGACUCUGAUGCUGCUAUUCAAAUGAUUGCUGGCAAGCCAAUCAGUGUCUUUUCAUUGUUGGAUGAAGAAUCCAUGUUCCCUAAUGGUAAUGAUGUUAACUAUGUUCAAAAGAUGAAGACCAACAUCAAACAUCCAUACUUUAAGAUUCCAAGAAUUGCAGAACCAACAGAAUUUGAAUUGGAACACUUUGCAGCUCUCGUCAAGUAUAACACUGCAGAUGGAUGGGUUGACAAAAAUCGUGACACUUUACUCGCUGAAAUGCUCUACACUAUGCAAAAUACAAAGGACCACUUGCUUAUGGCUCUCUUCCCUAAGAAUGAACAAGCUAAUGAUGUUCUCUCUAAAAAGCCAGCCAAUGCAGGAACCAAACUUCAACAAACAACUGCUGAAAAGUUCUUGAGAGAUGUCAGCAAGUUGAUGAAUCAAUUGAGUUCAUGCAGCUUGAAACAUCACCACAUUAGAUGUAUCAUUCCAAACUAUGAAGGAAGAGCUGAUGAUUUCCAAAAGGACGUUGUUAAUCACCAAGUUAGAUAUUUGGGUAUUUUAGACACUGUCCUCUCGAGAAAAGCCGAUGAUUUGGGAUCCAAUGUGACUGGUUACAGCAUUAAGAUUCCGUACGAUACCUUCCUUGAAAGAUACAAGCUUCUCUGUCCUGAAACAUUCCCAUAUUGGGAAACUUUCAUUACCAACAAGUAUGGUCCUGUUGAGGAAUUCACUAUUGAACACAAGAAGGAAGCAGUCCAUCAAAUUUUGAGCCAAGAACAUAUUGGUAUGACCAAUCCACAAGAUUUCUUCUUGGGUAGAGGUAAUGUCUUGUUGGCCUCUCCAGUUCAACUCUUCCAAUUGGAUGAAAUGAUCAGAGAACAAAAACAUGAAAUGGCUAGAAAGAUUCAAAACUCCUUCAGAAGAUACAGAAAGAAGAGAGCUGGAAAGAUGGAAGAAAUGAUGAAGAAGGCUAUCAAGACAACUGAACCAACCAAGCAAAAGGAAGCUCCUGAAGAAAUCAGAAUUAGACAUGACGGUUUCAGAACAUCCAACUUUGGUGAAACAAAGAAACGUGUCUUGAUCACUGGUAGUGACAGAAGAAAUAUUUUCCUCUUGGAUACUACAAGCUCAUCUUCAGAGUUUGAACAAUUGAGAAAGAUUGCCAUUAGAGAUAUCAAGAAGAUUUACAUUUCACCAUACUCUGAUAAUUACAUGAUUUUCAAGUUGGACAUGGAUGAAGGUGAUGAAUUGGUAGAACUAGAUAACAAGUGGGAAUUUUUGGAAGAAUUUAACAAGCUUAUUGAAUCAACUGCCUCUAACUUUAAGGGUGAACAUGUUCCAAGAGUUGAAGUUACCAAGGACAUUAGUAUCCUCAAUCAUCAAAAGGACAAGAACACUGGUACUCAAAAUUUAUUGGUCAGAUUUAUUCCAUCUGCCUACAAUACCAAGAAGACUGUUACCACUGAAUGCUAUGCUGAUGAAUUUGAUAAUAGACUCUUCAUUGUCAACACCUUCACUCAAGCUGAUAUUUACAAUCAAAGAAAGUUGAGAAGAAAGGCCUCACUCUAUGCCAAGCAAGAUCAAAACAGAGAUUACUUGAGAAUGCAAAACAGUGAAUUGAUGCAACUCUUAAAGAAGGAUUAUGAUGACUCCAAAGUUCUAUUCUCUGGUGUCGUUUCCAAGUAUAACAAGAGAUUCAAGAAGCAAGACAGAAUUUUCAUGGUCACCGAUAAGGCCAUUUAUAAUAUUGAUCCAAGUGGUGGUUACCUCAUCAAUAGACGUGUUCCAAUUGGCCAAGUAACCUCUGUCACUGUCUCACCUUACACUGAUAACUUCUUUGUUGUUGAUCAUCCAGAUCAAGAUAUUUUGAGUGAAAGUGCCAAGAAGACUGAAAUUUUGGAAUCCAUUUUGGAAAGCUUCCAAAAUGCUACCAAUCAAUUGUUACCGGUCAAGGUCACUACCAACUAUUACAUUAACUUGGCCAAGAAGAAUACCAAGCGUGUCGCUAUUUCAUGGAUUAUUGAACCAGAAAAUCAAACACAAUUCUCAGUUUCUACACUUGUUCCAAAUACUGCUGGUGGAGCUGAUGUUCAUGUUGUUUCUGAAGUUGAUAACGAUAAUGACAAGUCAAUGAAUGAUUUGGCUGUUAGACAAUCCUUCCAACGUAGAUCAGUUCGUGGUAAGAUGGUUAAGAAUGGUGAUAUGGAUGAGGUUGAUUUGAAUGACGUCUUUGGUGGUUUGAAGGUUCGUAGAAAGGACUCUCUCCUCGUCUGGUUCCAAGGUGAUUAUUUGAACUUUAAGGACAAUCCAAAAUUCAUCGAAAUGGUCAAGAAGCACGAUCCAGAAUGGAAUGGACAAGUUCUCUUCUCUAACCUAAUGACUAAAGUCAAUAAGAGAUUCAGAACUCAACCUAGAAAGGUUGUAGUUACACCAAAUUACAUUUACACUCUCGAUGAUGAAAAGUUACACUUUAACAGAAUUACUCCAAUCAAGGAUUUGAGUGGUAUUUCUCUCAGUACUAUGAGAGAUGCCUUCUUUGUUGUCCACUGCCCAACUGAUCACGAUUUAUUUGCAUCUUGUAAGAAGAAGACUGAAUUAGUUUCUGUUAUUUGUGAUGCCUUCAAAGAUAAGACUGGUAUGGAUCUCCCAGUUCACGUAGAAGAUAAAUUCGUCUACAAACCAAGUACAGAUGUUAAAGGUGUUAAAACAAUUGAAUUUAGACAUGAUCCAACCACCAAGGUUCCAAUCCUUACUCCAACCAAGUUGGGUUGUCUCAUUCAAGUUAACAAUUCUGAUCCUGAAAAGGUUAAACAAAACUUACCAACUGCCAAACAACAAAAACCAGCUGCAACUCCACAACUCAAGUUAUAUGAAGGUUCUGAUGAAAGAGGUAUUCAAGAUAAGAUGGAUUCCAUCUAUACAGGAAGAAAGGGACGUAAUAGAAGAUCUCUCCUUCGUGAAUAUCUUGGUGACUAUUUGAGAUUGGAAGGUACACAAAGAAUGAAGAAGGUUUUCGAUAGAAAUGGUGAUACUGAAUUAAUCUUCUCUGGACAAGUUCUCAAAUAUAACAAGAACUUUAAGAAGCAACAUCGUUUAUUGGUUGUAACAGACAAGAAUGUUUACAAUAUUGAUGAACAAGAAUUCAAGAUUAAGAGAAAGAUUCCACUUGAAGAAAUUACAGGUGUCUCUGUUUCUCCAUUCGACGACAAUGUAUUUGUUAUGCACUGUCCAACUAGUGGUGACUAUUUGUUGGAAGAUGAAAAGAAGACUGAAAUUAUUUCUGCUCUCCAAAAUGCAAGACUCAGACACUUGAAACAACCAUUGAAGAUUAAUGUUGAUGACCAAUUUAACUUUGCUCCAAACUCUUCAUCUACCAUGCCAGUUACUUUCAUUAGUGAUGAUCACUGCAAGGAUACUUGGGCUGAGAAUAGAGCUAAUGCAUUGGUUGUUCACGUAAAGAGACAAGAACCUGGUGUAGUAUUGGAAGCUGCCUAUCUCUAUUUGAAUGAAGAAUCUAAACCAAUUGAAGUUAAAUCAACACCAAUUCUUAUCAAAUUGAAGAAGAGAUGGACCUACAAGUUGCAAAUUCGUUUCUAUGUCAAUGAAUACUUGGCAGGAUGUGAAUUCCACGAAAAGAUUGAUACUGUGUCUUCGAGACUUGAAUUUGUAUCCAAAGUUGUUGAACUGGAACCAAAAGAAGAACGUUAUGUUAUUACCCUUCCUGAAAGAAAGGUAAUUUAUUCAUUGCUUUCCAAAACCAGAGUCAAGUGCAAGCUAGUUGAUCCAAGUGGUAAAGUUCUCAUGGCUGUUCGUUUUGUUUAUGAUAUUCAAUAAAUUAAUUGUUAUUUUAA